AUGUCGUCUUCAUCUACACCAGACCCGUCAACCGAACACAGCUACACCAAGAUGGCCACGGCCGACGUCGAAGCCAUCGGCUCACAUUGUCAGAUGACUUUCUGUCAUCAACUCGACUUUCUGCCCUUCAAGUGCGAGAGCUGCANNAAGGGUGAGUCUCCUCGUACUACAACCAAGCCAUGGCUUCUGACGCGCCUCAGCAAAUACUGUCUGGACCAUCGCUCCGAAACAGCACACUCGUGUCCCAAUGCCGGUGCUUGGGCAAGAGCGCGUGCUGCCCAACAACGAUCCACCUACACCCCCUCGCCCAAGCCGUCCGUUCUCACUCAUGAGUCGCAAUGCUCCGAGCCCUCAUGCAAGACGCUCAUCAACACUGCUCUGGUCCCUGGUGUCGAGUGCGACUCCUGCAAUCGCAGCUACUGCCUCAAGCACCGUCUACGCGAGUCUCACGACUGCGCCAAGCUCGCCCCUGUAGGAGCUCGUGCAAACAAAGAGAAGGGUCUUAAUGCACUGGCCAAGUUGCGUGCCUGGGGCCAGGCCAAGCAGAAGAACAUGACUGCUGCCACAACCUCGACUACCACAAAACCCUCGACCUCAUCCGCGAAACCACUCACCGCUGCCCAGCGUGUACGUGCCACGGCCGAUCUGAAGAAGAAUGCAAAGGGUGACGCCAAAGUACCCGUCGAGAAGCGCAUCUACGUCAACGUCGAGGCCUCUGCCGACACGACAAAGGCCAAACACCCAACCGGCCAGUUCUUCUACUCUCAAGAGUGGAGCAUUGGCAGAAUCCUCGAUCUGGCUGCCACUUCACUGCAAGUCGAGAAUCUCAACAACCGUGUAGAUGGCGAGGCAGACAAGUUACGCGUCUUCCACGUUGAAGGCGGACGACUGCUCGACUUUGGCGAGAAGCUCGGUGCUGCCGUCAAGACUGGAAACACUCUGGUCCUGCUAAGAGGCGUCGGUCCACCCGUCCCGGAUCUUAUCGUGCUUGAUCCGUAG